AGAGCCGCUCCGCUGACCGCCGCUCCCCGUGACGCCUCGACCGGAGUCUCAGUGCGCGGACACACCGGCUCCCUGCUCUGUGUGAGAGCGCAGCAGAGGGCAUGUUUUCCGCGUAGCACCGAGUGCUGCUGAUGGGAACCUCGGUACGCUCGCCAGCUCCGUGUGCGUAUUGUAGUCCCUUCCAGCUGAACGGCCGGUGGUAUCAGGAGGCUGCAGGACCGCUCAGUCGGACCAGAAAGACAACACCAUGAAGUUGGCGGUCCUCCUCCUCCUCCUCUUGUCGGUGUCCUGCCCGGUGGACCUCGCCGACAUCCGCGCUCAAAGUGAGUUUGUGUCCUUGGCUGAGAUGGAGGAUGCCCUACUGAAGAACCUUUUCCAGGGCUACCAGCGCUGGGUGAGGCCCAUCCAGCACGCCAACGACACUAUUAAAGUACGCUUUGGACUCAAGAUUUCCCAGCUGGUCGACGUGGAUGAGAAGAACCAGUUAAUGACAACUAAUGUUUGGCUGUGUCAGGAGUGGAUCGAUUACAAACUACGAUGGAAUCCAGAGAAAUAUGGGGGAAUCACUUCUAUCAGAGUUCCCUCUGAAAAUAUCUGGCUCCCGGACAUUGUCCUCUAUGAGAAUGCUGAUGGGCGGUUUGAGGGCUCCCUGAUGACCAAAGCCAUUGUGAGGUACAACGGUGCCAUCACUUGGACACCACCUGCUAGUUAUAAAUCUGCCUGCACUAUGGACGUCACUUUCUUCCCCUUUGACCGCCAGAACUGCACCAUGAAAUUUGGCUCCUGGACGUACGAUGGAAACAUGGUAGAUCUCAUUCUGAUAGACAAGCAGGUUGAUCGGAAGGACUUCUUCGAUAAUGGGGAGUGGGAGAUCCUUAGUGCCACUGGUGCUAAAGGGAACAGGAAGGACGGCUUGUAUUCGUACCCCUUCAUCACUUAUUCCUUCAUUCUCAAGAGGCUGCCGUUGUUCUACACCCUAUUCCUAAUCAUCCCUUGUUUGGGUUUGUCCUUUCUGACUGUUCUGGUGUUUUACCUUCCCUCAGAUGAGGGAGAGAAACUGUCACUUUCUACCUCCGUCCUCGUGUCUCUCACUGUGUUCCUUCUGGUCAUCGAAGAAAUCAUCCCCUCCUCCUCAAAGGUGAUCCCGCUCAUUGGAGAGUAUUUGCUGUUCAUCAUGAUCUUUGUCACGCUCUCAAUCAUCGUCACCGUUUUUGUCAUCAACGUGCACCACCGCUCCUCGGCCACCUACCACCCCAUGUCGCCAUGGGUUCGUAACCUCUUCCUUCAGAAACUGCCAAGGCUGCUCUGCAUGCGCGGACACACCGAUCGUUACCACUACCCAGAGCUAGCUCCUGAAAGCCCGGAGCUGAAGCCCCGCUCCGGAGGUCGGCGAGGCGGCCAAAGAUCAAACAGCGGAGGCCAUGGACAGACAGCUUCUGAGGGAAAGGAUGAUGAGGCCUGGGCAACCAUGUUGGACAAGGCUAUCUACUCUGUGCGGUACAUUAGCAGACAUAUCCGCAAGGAACACUUCAUCCGUGAGGUUGUGCAAGACUGGAAGUUUGUGGCCCAGGUGUUGGACAGGAUUUUCCUGUGGGCUUUCCUCACCGUCUCAGUACUGGGCACCAUCCUCAUCUUCACUCCAGCUCUGCAGAAGUUUCUGAAAGUUCUCCCUCCGGCUGCAAGUGAAGAGCCACCUUCAAACUAGUAGAAAUUAUACACUCCUUUCACAUGCAACUACUGACAAACCACUGAGCAAAAGGAAACCACUGCAGGUUCAUUUAAAGGAGAACUUUGACAUGAUUUUUGGUUGGUUAGGUUUUUUUGUCUAGACACUGUGUGAAAUGUUAUGUAAGCCAUCAAGUAAGUAUAAUUUUAUUCCCAUUAUGGCAUAUUUUGAAUUAUUAUGAAGAUCUAAUAUUUUGUUUAUAGAUAAAUAAGACAAUCAUAGUGAAAAAUUGUUUACUUUUUAGCCAGUUAAAGAUAAUAUAUAAUAAUAAUAAUAAUGUGUAGUUACAUUACCCAAAACAUAUUCAACAAUAUUCAAACCCAGAAAAAUGCCUUUGAUCUGAUCCACGUUCUGGACUUGUAUUUCAUUUUGCAGUCUGGCAUUUCUCACGUGGAUUCUACAGAUUUUGUCUUUGAGCUGGUUAAUAAAAUGUAUAACCAUCAAUAUCACACUAUUCAGCAAUAUGUUUUAUUCGUAACUAAUCUGUCACAGUAAUAACAGUGAGAAAGGGUGGUUUUCGGUAGGACACAUCCAAAGCACAAAAUACCUCUUGUUGUUACUAUUUUUAGAAGUUUACUGAGAUGACAUAAUCCCUCCCAAUAACAUUUGAGCUAUCUUAUACAUUCAUCAGUUAUACAACAAGCCUUCACAUGUUAGCAGACAUUAAAGUCAUUAAGUGACUGAUCAGAGCUCUAAAUUGUGAUGUUUUAUCUGAAUGGCUUGUGCUCUUUUAUUGUUAACUGCUGUGUUUUUUGUCUUUCUCACAGUCCUUAAAUUUUAAACAACAUAAUAGAAAGUUUAAUGAAUAAAUUUAGACAUUUCUUGUUUGAACUACACAAUCCUCCAAAGUACAAUAUUUGUAUUAUUCAGAUAUACUAUAUAGACAAAAGUACUGGGGCACCUUACCAUUACACCAACAGGGACUUAAAUGACAUUGCAUUCUCACUACACAGACAGCUUUGCAGUUGUAACAGCUUCCACUGUUCUGGGAAGGCUUUCCGCAAGAUGUUGAAAUGUUUAUGAUGGAAUUUUUGCCUAUUCAUGCAGUAGAGCAUUUAUGAGGUCAGACACUGAUGUUGGACGAAAAGGUCUGGCUCACAAUCUCUGUUCCAGUUCAUCCCAAAGGUGUUUCAGUGGGG